AUGCCUGCCAUGAGGCUGUUCACUUGCUUCCUGCAGCUCCUGGCUGGGCUGGCACUGCCCGCUGUGCCCCCCCAGCAGUGGGCCUUGUCUGCUGGGAAUGGCUCAUCAGAGGUGGAAGUGGUGCCCUUCCAGGAAGUGUGGGGCCGCAGCUACUGCCGGGCGCUAGAGAGGCUGGUGGACAUCGUGUCGGAGUACCCCAGUGAGGUGCAGCACAUGUUCAGCCCCUCCUGCAUCUCCCUGCUGCGCUGCACCGGCUGCUGUGGUGAUGAGAACCUGCACUGCGUGCCCGUAGAGACGGUCAAUGUCACCAUGCAGCUCCUGAAGAUCCACUCUGAGGACCGGCCCUCCUACGUGGAGCUGACAUUCUCUCAGCACGUCCGUUGCGAGUGCAGGCCUCUGCGGGAGAAGAUGAAGCCAGAAAGGAGGAGACCCAAGGGCAGGGGGAAGAGGAAGAGAGAGAAGCAGAGACCCAGAGACUGCCACCUGUGCGGCAAUACUGUUCCCCGGAGGUAA